GGUUCUGGCUCUGGCGAGGGGGACGCCACAUUGGAUCGGCGCGGGGAGCGCUCCGGGCAGCGCCGGGCCGGUACGGUGCUCGCCUCGCCGGGCCGCAUGCCGCUGCUCCCGGCCCGCGCGUAGCGCCGCUCCGGGCCCGGCGCGCUGAGGCGAGCGGCUGCGCGGUGAGCGGGCGGCGGCGCGGCGCUCUGGCCGGGCCGUGAGGGUCGCAGGCGGGCGGGCGUGGAUGGAUCCCCGCGUGGCCUGGAUCCAGCCCGAGCAGAAAGGCCCCGCGAAUGCGCUCUGGAUGCAGAUCUGGGAGACCUCGCAGGGCGUGGGGGGCCGCGGCGGCGGCGGCGCCUUCCCGCACUACCUCUGCCUCAACUCCCCGGCGCUGGACUCGGCCGCCGCCGCCGCCGCCUCACCGCCUCGCGGCCACGGCUGCGCCCGGCUCGGGGCGCCCGGCGGCGGCUGCUGCUCCUCGUCCUCGCCGCCGUCGCCCUCGCCGUCCCCCCCGGCGCUGCUGACCGGACUGGUGCCCGCCGCCGGCCCCGCGGCGGUGGUGAACGGCGGCGGCGAGGGAGGGCGGCGGCUGCAGAAGUCGCCCUCGGUGUCUUCCUCGUCCUCCUGCUCGUCGGUGGAGUCCGGCACCGAGAGCCCCGGCUUCUCCUCCUCGGGGUCGUGCGGCGGCGGCGGCGGCUCCUCCUCUUCCUCCUGCGGCCCCCGGGCGGCGGUGGCUCCUCCCGGGCUGCCGGGCAGCGGUGCCGGGCCCGGGGAGUUCUUCAACUUCCACGAGAGCGGCAAAGCGAACGGCGCGCACGGGCACCACCCGGCAUCGCACCUCUCCCGCAACCCCCACCCGCCGCCGCCGGCCUCUCCCCAGCAGCACCAGUACCACCCGGGCCGCAGGAAACGAGAGAAUAAGGCCAGCACCUAUGGCAUGAAUUACCUGCUCUCCGGCAGCCGCGGCGUGGUCGUCGCCGCCUCCCCGCACCAGCAGCGUCAGCCGCCCCAGCCCGCGCUGCAGAGCCCCGGCACCCCCUGGAAGAGCAGGAAGUACAGCCCGGGCGUGCAGGGACUACAUGAAGAAAUAAUUGACUUCUAUGACUUCAUGUCCCCUCGUCCGGAAGAAGCAGCUAUGAGAAGAGAAGUGGUGAAAAGGAUAGAAACGGUCAUCAAAGAUCUUUGGCCUACAGCUGAUGUCCAGAUAUUUGGCAGCUUUAGUACAGGGCUUUAUCUUCCAACUAGUGAUAUUGAUUUAGUUGUUUUUGGGAAAUGGGAACGCCCCCCUUUACAGCUGCUGGAGCAAGCACUAAGAAAACACAAUGUGGCUGAGCCAUAUUCCAUCAAAGUACUUGAUAAAGCUACGGUACCGAUAAUAAAACUCACUGACCAGGAGACAGAAGUGAAAGUUGACAUCAGUUUUAAUGUAGAAACUGGUGUGAAGGCAGCUCGAUUUAUCAAGGAAUACAUGAAGAAAUAUACUUUGCUGCCUUACUUGAUUUUAGUAUUAAAACAGUUCCUACUUCAGAGGGACUUGAAUGAAGUUUUUACUGGUGGAAUUAGCUCUUAUAGCCUAAUUUUAAUGGCAAUUAGUUUCCUGCAGCUGCAUCCAAGAAUUGAUGCCAGAAGAGCUGAUGAAAACCUUGGAAUGCUUCUGAUAGAAUUCUUUGAACUCUAUGGAAGGAAUUUUAACUACUUGAAAACUGGUAUUAGAAUAAAAAAUGGAGGUGCCUAUAUUGCCAAAGAAGAAAUCAUGAAAGUCAUGACAAAUGGAUACAGACCAUCCAUGUUAUGUAUUGAGGAUCCUCUCCUGCCUGGAAACGACGUUGGCAGAAGUUCUUACGGUGCCAUGCAAGUGAAACAAGUUUUUGAUUAUGCCUACAUUGUUCUUAGCCAUGCAGUAUCACCACUUGCAAGAUCAUAUCCAAAUAGAGAUUCUGAGAGCACAUUAGGUAGAAUCAUCAAAGUGACCCAAGAAGUGAUUGACUACAGGGCCUGGAUUAAAAAGAAGUGGGGGAGCAAAAUUAAUUUAUCACCUGAACUUGAUAAUAGGUUGAAAAUAAGAGACCAGAUAGCUCCAUGCAAUGGAGAACAGAACAACAACAGAGACUCUGAAUCAUCUUACAACCAACGCUUGACUUUGUCAUUGGCUAGUACACAACAGUUAUCCUCUGGCUCAUCUGCAUCGUCUGUAUCAUCACUCUCUGGCAGUGACAUUGAUUCUGAUACACCACCUUGCACAGCUCCUAAUGUUUACCAGUUCAGUCUGCAAGCACCGACUCAACUUAUGGCCAGUUUACCACCAGCAUUGCCUAUGCCAAGUGGUAAACCCCAAUCUGCGCCUACGAGAACCUUGAUAAUGGCCGCCAGUAAUCAGGACAUUUACUUCAGAAAACAAGCUGUUAGUGCCUUGGGACUUGUGCAGCUAAAAUCAGACAAGCAUGGAAAGAUCAGUUGCUUCAAGCAGUGUUCUGUGGGAAUGACUUCAGCACACUGGAAUGAAGUUUUCCAUGAAAGGAACUCAUAACCAAGGCAACAGCUACAGUCCUGUCAACAGUGGAGGCAUGAGGCAACCAGUUGGUAACAGAGGACACCACCAGUACAAUCGUAAUAUAUGGAGAAGAAAAAAACACAGAGACAGUUUACCUAUUAGUCUGAGCAGAUAAUGGCAGAUGCCAAAAUGACCUUCCCUGUUCACACAAACUGAGUGAGUGCCACUCGACUUAGGGGAUGGAGACCAGUAUCCAGCACAUCGUUUUAUUGGUGUUGCCAAAUAUCUGCAGCUGACUUCUUUGCAUGUUUCUUUGUGUGGUGGUUCAGUCCAUCUUCAAGAAGUAGUUGUGCUUAUCUGUGAAGCCUUAUUAAAUGUGGAAGUUUGUUUUUCUGCCUUCCCACAAUGGUUCAUACAGUGCCGAAGCAGCUCUGACAGUGGAACUGCAAGGACAUUUACAAAUGCUGUGGCUUUUUUUGCUGUGGCUACAUCUGUUCCUAUGUGGGUUCUGUUUUCUUUUAUUUUGGAAGUGAAGGAAACUUCAGCCCCUUCGAUUUUUUUUCCUUUGCAGCAAAUCAAGUCGGGAAUUCAUAAAAAUAAAUUUGCUGCGCUCCUGUUUGUUUCAAAGUUCAGAAUUUUUUGCUCUGUAAAUAUUGGAGAUAUAAUUUGUGCAAUAACUUGGAAUUUUAAUUUAAUUUCAUAUUGUCACAUAAGUUAUAUUUAAGGGGAAGAGGUUUUUUAAUUUACAGAUCCUUUCCCAGGUUGCAUUAUCUAAGUUGGGUUCAUAGUUUUGGCAGGUUGUCUGAGCAGUGUUACAAACAUGACAUUUGGUAAUAUUUGAGGCUUCUUGAUUCACAGUGAAAGAGAGAUUUGGCUUACGGUUUUAAGAAGGUAUUAAGCUCCAAAGCAAUUCAACCCUAUGUUUUUUAGCUCAUUGUCUGGCCUCUAUCAGUCGUCUUGCUCUGACCAAUGAGUUUUAAUUUUAUUCCUUUUAAUAGACAACAAAUCCAGCGUUCUUAGUACCAGAAGUGAAACCUUUGAGGGAGGGGGGAAGGCUGGUUCAAGUCCCGAUGUGAAAUUAAAAAGCGGCGAACUACAUGCUUUGAUGCAUUUUAGUAAUGUAACCUGUUAACGGUUGGGUUCAAACAACAUUAUUAAAUGGAGGUACCCGGCUUAAGGAAUGUGGAGAAAGGAAAUAUGUUGAUUCCAUUAAGGAAUCUGUAUAGCAGUAUGCAUUCGUUCUGUUAAGAGCAAAUAUAUAAAAAGUACUUCAGCUGCUCUAAGCAUUAUGAGAAGUAUCUUUUAAUGUAUUGCAGGAGAGCACAGCCCAGUGUUGUACGCAGUAUGAGUGGCUGGCACUUAAUUUACAGAUGCAUACAGGUAUACUAUGCAAGUGUGUAUUGCCAUGACAAACACUGUCUUUAACUUUUUGAAAAAUGUACAUCCUGCCUAACCCUGAGUUUUUAAAGCACCACAGUUGUCCUGGGAGUAGGUCACGUCUCAUGCCCUCUGACUUCCUGUUUUUUUUAGUGAGAGUUCUUAAACUAUACAGAAAACUACAGAUCAGUUAUAUAAAUCCAUUAGCAGAGAAAGCUGAAGAAUCCUGUUAACAGGACAUCUAUACUGUAUACAGAUAGAGAAGGUUUUAAAACUGGUAUCCGAGUGUUAAAAUGAGGUGUCGAGCAUGAAGCUUUUUAAUAUGCUGUAUGCCUUUGAAGCAGAAGUAGUUCAUGUUAUUACUGAAUCUGUCAAACAGGUCUUUGAGGGGAGAGAGGGCAACAUUCCAAAGUAGAGUAGUGCAUAUCUGUUUGCAAAAAGUUUGUCUUAAUGCUCCAGGUUCGUCACAAUUUUAAACAAAAAAAAAAAAUUGUGAGCUGAUGCAUAAAUAAUAUCUAAGGGCUGUUACAGGAGCCUGUACUGCUUAGUCUUCACACACUAGCAAUAUUGAGCAUAACUACAUUAAAGAGCCUUCAAAGGCUUUAGUUGGUGUCUUACUCUAGCGUCCAUUUUAAAGUGAAAUUCAUUUAAAAGUGGUAUCAUGUAACACUUCAGUCAUGGUGAACCAAAUAAAUUGGCCUGGCUAUCACUGUGGUUAUGUGCUACAGGUUUCAAAAAAAUCAUGUUUAAAUUUUUUGUGUGGACAACUAUGUGGAAGCUAAAAUUGACAUAUUUUUAUGUAAAGUUUUCUAUUCUUUGAUUUUUAAUAAACUUUGGAGACCAGUCA